UGACCAACGAUCAGUUUCAACCCUGGCCUUGUGCGCACCGGGCGCCGGCAGUGAACAAUCGUUAUAGGUUACCUGAUAACGUUCGCUAUCAAAACGAUUCGCACUUAAAGAUAAUACAAUGCCUAAGAAAAAUAUUCAAAGAUUACUAUUUGUGACGUUUAUGGCGACAGUAUUUCAUACAGCAUUGUCUGUGGAGGACGUUCCAAACGCAAAUAUGACGAAACUCAAAGUUCUUGUCUCCUCUAACGACUACCUCGACAGUGGAAUUAAGAUUUUAGAAGAACAUUUUACAGUAGUUAAAAGCCGCUACCAAAACUUCAGUGAAGAAGGCCUAACGAAGAAUAAAGAUGAGUUAUUGGACCUCAUUCCGGGAUGUUCUGCACUUGUCUGGGUGUCUCAUCAUCCUAUUACAAAGGAGCUUCUGGAUAGAGCAGGACCUCAGCUGAAGGUAGUGAGCACAGCGUCUGCUGGCUACAACCACUGUAACGUGCCUGAGCUGAAGAAGCGCGGCAUUAAGCUGGCCAACACUCCUGGCGUGUUGAGCGCUGCGGUCGCUGAAGUUGCCAUAGCGCUGAUGCUUGGUGCUGCAAGACGCUUCACUGAGAACCUCGAUCAGGUGCACAGUGGUGAAUGGGAAAUUGGUUUUGACAAAGUCCUCGGUCAAGAUAUCCAAGGCAGCACAGUCGGCAUUGUUGGACUUGGUGGCAUCGGACAAGCCACGGUCAAAAGGCUGCGUGGAUUUGAUGUUGAAAAAUUCCUUUACACGGGUCACCGGGAAAAGCCGGAGGCCAAAGAGCUGGGCGCUGAGUUCGUAGACUUAGACACGCUGCUUGCCCAUAGUGACUUCGUGGUACUCGCCGUGCCCCUCACUGACGAGACCAAGCACAUGAUCAACAAAACUACGCUGGCCAAGAUGAAGAAGAAUGCUAUUCUCGUCAAUGUUGGACGUGGAGACCUAGUGAACCAAGACGACCUGUACGACGCUCUGAAGAACAGGGAUAUCUAUUCUGCCGGACUUGACGUUACCACGCCGGAGCCGCUGCCCAAAGACCACAAGCUGCUGACGUUGCCUAACAUCUUUAUUCUUCCUCACAUUGGCAGCGCGACGAUCGGCACACGCAACGCAAUGUCCGUACUUGCCGCCAAAAACGUUGUCAACGCCCUCAAUGGAAAACCUCUAAUUACACCUGUGUUGGAAUAAUAUUCAAUAAUGUUAUUAAACUUUAAAAACUAUAUUUAUUAAAAAAUAUAUUUAAAA